UUUUUAAUCAAAUAUCGAUAGGUUUUACAAGUAACCAUACCAUUCUGCGGCGCAUAAUUUGAAAUCAAAACAACAAAACGUAAAAAUGUAUAUUGAAUUCGGUGAAUAUCGAAUCGACGGGGCGAACAUCGACGCUGUAAUUGAUUUAUAUGAGGCAUAUAUGAACCAUACCACAAAACAAGGAACAACACAUGAAAAGAACCGAAAACCAAACGAAUGCGUUCCAAUAAUUGUGACGUUUGGACAGGAAAAACUCGACAUAGAGCCAAACGGUGUCGUUCAAUUGCAUAAGACUUUCUUAGAACAGCAAGAUAGAGCGGAAAUCGUUGACACGCACGUUGAGAAGAUGCCGCAAGUUGAGGAGCCGCCGCAAGUUGAGGAGCCGCCGCACAUUGAGUAAAGUGAAGCAAUUAAUUAAAUUAAGGUUUAUAUUAUAAUAUUAUGUACCAAGGCGCCCAAAGCGCCGCCUCCCCGAAUAUCUUACUACUUAAUAUACAUAUAGGCAUUUGUAGGCCGUAAGUUUGAAGCAAUUGAAGCUUAAAUUUGAA